AUGGAUCAGGAGCGCCCCGCACCGUCACCGGGUGAGCCAUCGAAUUCACAGCAUGAGUCGUCUCUCAGUAGACGAGGAGCAAGGACGGCGAAUUUAAUUGAGGCUCAUGGAGGGGCCCCAAGGAGAAGAGCAGCUCAAGCUUGCUCCUCUUGUGGAAAGAGAAAGAUACGUUGCGACGUUGGGCAUAAUGGUGCCCCAUGCUCAAACUGUAAAUUCGACAACGUUGCCUGUAUUAUUCCUGAGAAAUCUAGAAAAAGGAGGAAGCAGCUUGACCACAACGACGACGAUGUGGUGCCGGAGUUGAACUCGAUGUCGGAAAUGCCUAUCUCAGUAGACGAACUUAGUAACAUGUAUUCUAUUGAAAGCGGGAAUGCUCUAGAUGGAAUGCUGGACCUUAAUCCAUUAUUUCCAAUGCAAUCUUACGGGAAUGAGGAAAUUUCUCACCAGCCACACUCCAUAUACGGAAACCAGCAGAGGGCCGCUACGGGUACAGAGGAUGCCAAUAAUCUCAAAAACUUUGCACAAUACUUUCCAAUGUCGGAUACCGAUUUCUCAAUCUUAGAUAAAAUUAUCGAUGAUCCGGCGACUUUGUCAGGUCUUACUUCUGCCAAUGGUCUGCCUUCAUUCGUGAAGCCUCUUCCUCAAAAUAUCAACGAGGACGACGUCGAGUAUCUCUGGAGACGAGGGGCGCUUUCAAUUCCAGAACUACCACUUCGAACGAAACUGCUGCACAGCUAUAUAGAAAAUGUGCAUGGCCAAAUGCCCAUACUUGAGCUCAAUGACUUCCUUCAGAUUGUCGAUAGUGAAGAUGGGAAGAUGGGACAAGUUAGCUUGUUGUUAUUCCAGUGUGUAAUGUUUGCUGCGGCGUCGUUUGUCGAUCUGCAAUAUCUGCAAGAUGCCGGGUUCCCGAGUAGGUUUGCAGCACGCAAGGCUUUCUACCUGAAGACAAGAGGACUUUACGAUCUCGAUUACGAAAAGGAACCAAUCACUCUUGUGCAAUCCCUUCUUCUUAUGACACUUUGGUACGAUACACCAGAUGACCAAAAGGAUAUGUGGUACUGGGGGGGUGUCACAGCUUCACUCUCGUUGGCGACAGGCCUUCACGAUCCGGCAGAACCCCAUUUAGAUUUCAAGAGCCAGAGGCUACGGAAAAGAAUCGGCUGGUCCUGCUUUAUACGAGACCAAUUAGUGGCUUUAGGCACACAACGUCCGACAAGGAUCAAGGCCACCGACCAUAACCUGGAUAUGCUAACCAUGGAAGAUUUUGACCUACAACCUUUACCGUGGAGCGUAUCUUGCAUCGGCUCUGAAUGCGAGAUUGUCCGCGAUGCUACAAAACUACGAAAGUCUGCCGCUGUAAAUAUUGAAAUGGCGAAACUCAGUCUUUGCUUCAGCCGCGUUCUCGCCACUCAAUACACAUUGCUACAGCGGAAACCACGUAGCCAAAUACCUGAUGACAGCACUGUCACAAAAAAUUUCCUUUCGCCAAGAGUGGAAGACACCGAGGAGGUUCGAGACCGUGUCGACGAAUUAAACGCCUGGCGCUCCCAAUGUCCCGAGGAGACAAGAUACCCAAGUUCUCUUACCUCCGCACCGGAAGCUGGAGAACAGAGCAUUAUGAUACAUCGUGCAUCGCUCGAUAUGCUCUACAACAGCACAAUUCUCACACUACUUGGGCCACAAAGCUUCAAGAAAAGUACGAGUAAUUGCGAUCCUGCACUUGGGUCCACCGAUUCUCAAGUGAAGGUCCAGCAAGCCGCCCUGGAAAUCACGAAUAUAGCUCAAGAUCUCCUUCGGGUUAACAUUGUCCAUUUAAUUCCUGGCUAUGGGGUCUCCUUCCUCUUAAAUGCGAUCAUGACCCAUGUACGAAACAUACGAUCACCAAUUUCGAGCGUUAAAAACCCAAGUGUGCAAGGUUUCAGAAGGUGUAUGGAGGUAUUGCAGAGUGUACGAAGUAUUCACCCCGGUGCGAAUAUGAUAAUCAAUAUCCUCGAAUUUGUGACGGGGAAGAAAGACCAAGCCAGGGAUGGCAAUGAGCCCGGCAGUGCACCCAACUCGGAACCCACUCAGCCCAAUCCUAACGCUCAGGAGAAAACAUUUCAAUGGCAAGAUUUGGUGUUGAAUUUCGAGAACGAGCAACAGCCUCGAUUCUUUGAAGCUGCAGGAUCUAGUCUACCCACAGAUCCAGCAGUGCAACAAGAUGAGAAUACCAUCGGAGAUCGGGCGGGAAACUCAUUCAAUAUAAAGUCAAAAAACAACAUGGAUAACUCCGAGUCUCGAAAUGGCUCCAUUGAUAUCGGUGCUAUCUAUUUCGGAGUUUCCGAGGACGCCGACGGCGACAUCAACGGGGAUAUAAGCACAGAGUGGGCUGAGUAUGUGGUUGAUUCUCGAUCGCAGAAUAGUAUGAAGCCCAAGCCCAAGCCGAAGCCCAAGCCCAAGCCCAAGCCCGUAGAAAAUCCAAACCCAAACUCCUCCUUCGAUGGCUUGCUGCAGGAUGUGGAGGUGCUUUGGACAAAGUUCCCCUGA